AUGGCACCGAAGCAAUCCUCCUCGUCCAAAGCCGCCGCGAUGCCGUCCGCUCCACUGAUCUCUACCGAUCCAGUUCUGACGGCCGCGCCGCCGCCGUGGCAUUCCGUCGCACUGGUCGGUGUUCUGUCCGCCUUUUUCGUACAAACCAUACCGUCACUGGACGAACUGGAUCGAGUCGCCACCGUACAGCGCUUUACCCGCAUUCUCUUUCCCACACUCGUACCCUCACUCAUGGGCUUGUGUUACAUUCGAACCGCGGUCGCCUUGCUCAUUUGGGGAACCUCCUUUUAUCUCGUCUGUUUCAGUCCAGGCUGGGAGCAGAGUACCGGCUACCAAAAGGGCAGUCGCUUGCGUAUCGUACCCAAUCGCGUUUCGGGAAUUAAAACCAUGUUUCCCUUUACUUCCUGGAGUUGGAAUUUGCUCGGACUCUCCUUUACCCUCAACGCCUACAUUGCCUAUUCUGCGGCACUCGCCACCCACAACAACCCCGACGGCACCUCCCUCGAACAAUCGGUGCAUCCCUGGAUCCUCCGACUCGCCUUGCUCUGUUGGGAAUGCGCGGCACCCUUCACACUCCUCGUCGCCGCCGUCAUUCGCUACGUCAUUUGGCCCUCCGUACUCCGAGCCAAAGACGGCGACACUGCCAACCUCAAACACGUUCGUAACGUUCUCAUGCACAACGUCAACGUCGUCUUGGCCGUCUCGGAAACCUUUGGUCUCUCCGGAUUGUCCACCGUCCCCUCCCACGUGGGCGUCGCACCCUUGAUCGGCUUGAUCUACGUCGUCUUCUCCUGGAGCAUGACCACUUCCUGGAACGAACCCGCCCACGGUCCACAAUUUAUAUACUUUUUCUUGGACACCACCAUGCCCGGAUACGCACCCUCGGUGGCCCUCCUCGCCCUCCUCGCCGUGCUCAUUCUCUUUUACGCCGUUUUUGGAGUCUCGGAGCCCCUACUCCGGGCACUCGACGGGACCAGCUACGGACUGGCCCACGCCGCCGUGGCCACCCUCCUGUGCGCCAGCGUCUGCCGGUUCCGCGAUUGA